GUAAAUACGACAGCAAAAGCUGCUACUACUAUACAUAUAUAUCCUGACCAAUCCACUCAAGUCUAAAAGUAAUGAAUGAACCGGAUGAUGCAAAUGGGGUAGAGGCCCAGCAAACUGUUCAGGAACUAGAUUCCAUCAAGUCCAAACUGCUACUUCUUAUAGAAUCUCUCAAUAGUAUCCUAGCACUACAUCCUUCCACUUCAUGGCCGCCUGUUCUUGAUCAACUAAACAACAUCAUUGCAAGAUACGAAAGUAUUUUGCGUGAGCUCCAAUCACCAGUAUUCUCACAAGCCUUGGUUCAUCCACAUAUGCUGAUUCAAGAAGAUCCCGAGUUUAUUCCUCGCAUCUUGCUGCGAACAAAACUUAUUCCUGAAAUCGAUGAUGAAGAACGGAAUGUUAUUUCAGCAUAUAUAGGGACUGGACAGACUGAGAAUAAAGAUAAUGGCGGUGCAUUUCGGGAUCAGCAAGGUAUACUUGAUCCAUUGGACCAAACAAAUAUUCUCAAGAGGCAGCGAGAAUGGGAGAGCAAAGUCCAGCAGCAUGAGGAGCUCAUGCAGGCUGCGCUAGAGAUAUUCUCAGAACUUAGACAAGAACUGGAUCCAAUGCUGAAAACUCGAAUGCGAAAUUCAGGCCCAGAUACAAAGUUGGGAAAACGACACGGCGCAUUUACUUCCUUGGAGCAUACGCUGGCAUGGAUGUCAUCGGGGCCUUUAGACUGAAUCCAUCAAAGGAUACGCUUUUGGAUUAUUUGUCAAUUUCAAUUUCAAUGAACGUAUUGGCAUUGUUCUGAUUAUCCAAAUAA